AUGAUGUGUUGCUUUGGUAUGUCCAGUGGAUCUCCUCCGCUCCACUCACGUCCUCCUGUUCCACCCCGGGUCAUCGCCAUACUUCCCCCCACCUAUCGCUCCAAUUGCAACAUUGCCAGCAUGCCAGUUAUUGUCGAACCAUACAUACAUAGAACUAUUGUGCCCACGCCGCAUGGUAUACAUCUACCACAUCAAUCUUCGCAUCACCCUUUACAUCAUGGCAAUCCAGGAUACCAAAGGGAACGAAGCUCGUCGCUUCAUCGUGGGUUGAGGAUACAUCAUGCAGAAGUAUCUAGUGGACUCGGUAAUGGAUUGUUUAGGACACAUCAUUAAGGUGGGAAAAGGGGAAGAGUGGACAAGUCGCUUAAGAUGUAAAAGCAGGUGGGGCUUUCACAUUUAUAUCAAGAUCAAAGUUCUUGUGAUGAAUCUACUCCUAUACUUGAUUUCCAACUUUUCAAUUGUUUACAUCAAGGAGAAUCAAAAUCA